UUGCAGCAACGGUUAAAGAUCUUCUUCAUAGGCUCUCUUCUAUCCAUACCCCACCUACACAUUGAAUUAGGGACAGAAGACUGCUUUUCUCCCUCACAACAUCUUGUGUUCCAGAUUCUGCCCUCCAGAAGAGGAAGCUGCCCUUGAAAGCCAGGGCACUCCUCAUCUGACUCUCUUCAAAGCAUCUUCACCGGUGGCCCUUGCGGCUUACAUCUGUCACUGCUGGCUUCGUUUAUUACCGCCAAGCUGGAGUCACUUAAGCGCUGGAAUGAGGAAAGGAUGGUCUGGUGCGAAAAGGGAGUCCAGAUACUCCUCACCACCGUGGGGGCCUUUGCCGCUUUCGGCCUCAUGAUCAUUGCCAUCGGUACAGACUACUGGCUUUACGCCCGUGCUUUCAUCUGCAAUACCACCAACAUCACCUCUGAGGAGACUCCCCAGAAAGACAAGAAGGAUCCUGGGGGGCUCACCCAUUCAGGCCUCUGGAGGAUAUGCUGUUUAGAAGGGCAGAGGCGAGGGGUGUGCGUGAAAAUCAACCAUUUUCCAGAGGACACAGACUAUGAUCACGACAGCGCGGAAUACCUCCUACGUGUGGUACGAGCCUCGAGCAUCUUCCCAAUCCUAAGCGCCAUCCUGCUUCUGCUGGGAGGCUUCUGCGUGGCUGCCAGCCGCGUCUACAAGUCCAAGCGCAACAUCAUCCUUGGGGCUGGUAUCCUCUUUGUUGCUGCAGGUCUCAGCAACAUCAUUGGGGUCAUUGUUUACAUCUCAGCCAACGCUGGAGACCCUGGCACAAAGCGUGACGACGAGAAGAAGAGCCACUACUCUUACGGCUGGUCCUUUUACUUUGGUGGCCUCUCUUUCAUUCUGGCUGAGAUGAUUGGGGUCCUUGCCGUCAACAUAUACAUUGAGAAGAACCGGGAAGCCCACUGCAAGAGCCGCACAGAGCUGCUGAAGAACCCAUCUUCCUCAUCAUCGGCCAUAUUGCGCUUGCCCAGCUACCGUUUCCGAUAUCGACGCCGGUCACGCUCCAGCUCCCGCUCCACCGAACCAUCACAGUCUCGAGAAACCUCGCCCGUCGGCCUGAAGGGUUUCCCUUCCACCGACAUCUCCAUGUACACACUCUCAAGGGACCCCUCCAAAGCCAACGUCAGUUCGCUCUAUGGCGGUGCCAGUGAAACGGCAUCCACGGGUGCAGCAGCAUCGGGUGCAACCGGUACCGGCGGUGGGUUCCUGCAACUGCACAACACCUUCCCCAAGGACCCUGGUGUCACUGUCACAGUGACUGGGCCUGGUGUAGCAGGGGCUACGGGCACUCUGGGUAAAGAUGCCUCCUCCAACACCAACACGCUCAACAGGAAGACAACACCAGUGUAAGAGAGGAGAGGGCACAGGAAGGAAGCAUGAAGGGAAGGCACAGGUCAAAGUUUGAAGGGAGAGUCAGAAUGUUGUGAAGUGAGCAAGCAGUCUACCCAUGCGGUCAUCUUUCUUCCUUUCACUAUCUUCUUUUUUCUCUUUCUUUCCUUUCUCUCUUCCACUAUCUUGCUUUUUCCUCCUUUCU